AGAUUGUAGUUGUGCUCAAAGAAGAAACAAAAGGAAAGAAAAUGAGAUUAAGGGAUCCUCCCCGCCCCCAUCCUUUUUUCCCUCCUAUUUAGUGAUGGCAGGUAGUGAAACUGGGGGUAUGAAGAGUGGGAAAAAGAACCCACAAAGUAUCUAAGAUUGGAUAUCUACAUGAUCCUUCGUCUUGUUCAUCCUGGUUCUUCUAGGGACUGGGAGCACAUUCUCUGAUGGCCUGUGGCUCUGUGGUUCACUUUGAGCAGGCAGUGUUUGCUCAGGCCCCAGAAGCAGCUGACUCAUCCUGAGAGAGGAGUAUCACUUGAGUCUUGGAGGUUUUGUACUCGUGACGAUGUUUCCAGAGAGCCUUCCACUAUGCACUGCUAUCAUGAACAACAGACAUUUAUCAGACUCUUGGGGGUAACCAGGAAUCGGGUCGAAGCUCCGUAAAUAGUCCCUCUUUUAAUUCUUGCAAUGGCGGGAAAGCUGAGAUUUAGAAUUCAAACAACUUGCCCCAGACCUUUACCAUUCCUGUUUCCAUCUAAGAAGGACACAUCAGUCCUGCAAGGUUGAAGGGGACAGUGAAGGGUAUUAGAUGUGUCUACUGUCACAAAGGCACACCAACAGAGGAUCACAGAGAUGUGAGAGAUUUGGGGAGGAUCCUCAUGGCUCAUUCCUUGAGCACCAAAUGCUUGGUGCUUACCUAGUGCUCCGCUCUCCCAUGGCGGCCUUCUUGAUUGGGGCGACAGUGUGGAGUGAGGCAGUGGGACAGUCAGAAACCUCCAGCUAAGAAAGUUCUGAGUUGAGGGACUUCGCCCUCAGCUUAGGUGCACCCUGCUUUUCACUAUCCCUCUCUAAUGCCCCAGUUUUGUUAAUAAAUGCUCUUCUAACUCAGAUGAUCAUCCAAGUCACCUAGAGGACCUGUCAGGAGUUACCACAGAUUCUGGCCUUAGAGCUCAAGCCCCUGAAUGAUUACGAGACAUGGUGCAAUUUGUAAACCACUGCCUUCGUCCGAUGUCCCCCAAGGUGUAUUCCACAGAACAGUAGGUUGGUGGGGUGCUGGAUAGGUGUUAUAUAAGACUCUCCAAGACGGCUGGGGAUUUAGCUCAGUGGUAGAGUGCUUACCUAGGAAGCGCAAAGCCCUGGGUUCGGUCCCCAGCUCCGAAAAAAAAAAAAAAAAAAAAAGAAAAAAAAAAGGGGUUGGGGAUUUAGCUCAGCGGUAGAGCGCUUGCCUAGGAAGCACAAGGCCCUGGGUUCGGUCCCCAGCUCCGAAAAAAAAAAAAAAAAAAAAAAAAAAAGACUCUCCAAGACUAGUGAGCUGGUGUUUCAGGGUGUGAUUCCCGUGUACCUGUGCACUGGGCUCCUCAAGGAACCUUUGACAACUUUUCUAUUAGGCGAAAACCCUUUGUGUCCUUCUCAAGAGCAAGGCUCAGACAUAAUUAGUCUGUAAAGAUCCCAAUGAGAUGCCAGGGGGUGGCCCAGUUGCCACUCACUGGGUUAGACUGGCCUUUUUCAGUUACACAACUUCUCCAGUUGGGCCUCCAGUGCCCCAACAUACAUUACAGAUCUCUGAAAGGAGAGAUGGAUAGUUUUCUCGGCUUGAGCAUCAGAGAUCCAGGAGAGAAAAGAAGACGUGGGCAGAGAAGGACAGAAAACCCAGCUGUGGAUAGAGUAGGUCCUGCUGAGAGGAGACCAGGGUAAUCGGGGUGAAAGUUACAAGUGGGCAGAAUUCUGGACUCGAAUGAGCACGAACUUUUUUUCUAAAACAAUCUGAGAAUUGGAGAUAACUCUGUCUUUCUGAUACUUUUAGGCUAAGUAGCCUUUUGUAGUAAAAUCGGGGUCACAUGAAUUGAAGAUGUAGCUUCCAUCCUUCUGCUUAAAGUCAGGUGGAGGCUCCUUACCCCAUCCCCAACUCGUGCUCAAAGCCUGACAAGAGACACCUGAACUUUUAUAAGCACUCCCAACCCCGGCCUUUUUGUGUCCAGUGCUAUCAGAUGCAGGUUCACUUGGAAAUUAGAGACAUUGUGGUAGCAGUACCACAGUAGAACUACAUUUAGUUUCCCUCUUGUGUUUUGAGAUCCAAAAGGAGGUACUACGCUAGACCUAGCAUUAGCGUGACAUAAUGCCUUCCGUCAAUAACCUAAGUGUCUAGGGGAGCAGGAUUUUGGCUCACAGUUGUAUGGUUCAAUCUACACUGCUUGUCUUUGUUGCUCUGGGCUCGUGGUGAGGUGGAGCACCAUGGCUGCAGGAGCAUGGUGAGGUGGAUCACCAUGGCUGGAGGAGCAGGUGAGGUGGAGCACCAUAGCUGGAGGAGCAGGUGAGGUGGAGCACCAUGGCUGCAGGAGCAUGGUGAGGUGGAUCACCAUGGCUGCAGGAGUAUGGUGAGGUAGAGCAUCAUGGCAGCAGGAGCAUGUGGCAGAGGCUGCUCACAUCAUGUCAGGCAGGAAGCAGAAAGAAAGGGAACGUAGGUCAAGACCAGGGCAAGACACUGACCUGAGGCUAUGUAUACACCCAGUAGUCUACUUACCUUACAGACCCUACCUCCUACUAUUCCUCUAUAGUACGACCGUAUUGUGAAUUUACCAAGGAAUAAGCUAUUUAGUAGGUCACAUUCCUCAGGACCCAUUUGCUUUCCAAGAGCCCACAUGUUGGCAACCAAGCCGCACACAUUAGCCUGUGGGGAACGCGUCAUGUGCACAACAAAUGCCGCUGACAGUUUUCCCGUAAGCCCCACUUAAUGUGCGUGUGCACUUGGUUUAAAGCCACUGUAGGAGCUGGCAGAUCUGUAGAACCACUCUCCAUCGUGGUUAUCAUUCCCCGUGUUAUAGUCACACAUGACACUCCAGUCACACGGGUGCUCUCUGAACCAUCAUCAAGUGUGACUCAGCCCUGCUGUCUUCACUAUUUCCUGAAUACUCCUCUGCCUACCUUGGGCAUGGACAGCUUCUUUUCUCUCAAGCCUUAUUUUCAAUGGCCCCUCCUCAGGGUGGUCUUUCGUGUCCACUUCCACUAAAGCCACACUCGAUCGCUCUUUGGGUCCUUUUCAAUUCUCUGAGUAGGCCUUCCCACUGUCAUAUUUUUCUUGCUUGUUUAUCUAUGGCCUUCUUCCUCCAGCAGGGAGAAAGGGGGUCAUCACAGGAGAAAGGCUCUGUGACUGUGCCGAAGGAUGGCACAGGCCAAGAUUUAUCUGGAACUUAAGCCAAGAAUGCUCAUCUGGGUUGAACUGUCAGUCACUCACAAUGCCAAGCUUUAAACCCUCCGCUCUUGUGGCCCCAGCUUGAGGUUCCUUGCACCAUGCCAGGCUGCCCCUCGUCCUUGAGAGGCUGGCGGUUUAGAUCUGAGGUCUGCUGGGGUGUCCGCUCACUCUGGAAUGAGAAGGAGAGAAGACUGGCAUUUUCUGCUCUGUUUCACAGCCAGCCAAUAAUGGGAGGUUGGAUAAAUUCCAGACUCUAAAAGAAUUCAGGCAGGCCCCGCUGAAAAUUGGAAAAGUCUGUGGUCAGAAAUUCACAGUAGGUCGAUGCAGCCUACAGAAAUUCUUGCCUGGGUAGCAUAAUUAAAGCCUAGAAUGUUAGGAUGGUUGUCAGGGCUACUGCGCCUGUGCGGGGGGAACGUCUUUCAGCUUCCUAUCUACCAUUUACCAAGGUAUCAGAGUGUGAUGUCAGGACCUGAUUCCCAGCACUGGAAACAUUCAGCUCAUAGAGAGCUUGCUGAGUAAACAUGAGGCCCUGGGUUCGUGUCCCAUAAACUGGGCAUAGUGGUGCAUAGUUAUAAUCCAACCAUUCCAGGACUGCUGGGAGGAAGAUCAGAAGUUCAGGGUAACCCUUGGCUACAUAGAAUGAGGCCAGCCCGGACUACAUGCAUAAAUAAAUACCCAUUAUACCCAAAAUAAUCAAUAUACGGAGGUAUCAACCUCUGCUUCCUCCCUUCUUUCUACCAAGCCCCUGUCAGGAGCUAGACUCAACCUGUUUCUGUUAGCACAUCCUAGACAUCAAGCUAUCUGGGCUUUUCCUUAGCUUUUCUAGCAAAAGAGACAUCAGAAACAAGCAGGAAUCUUUAAGGUCCUGUAACCCCAUGAAGAGCAGCGUUUCCCCUCUAUAGGAGUUUCAUUAGGUGUUUGUGUUGUGAAGCCAUCAUCUGCUCCUGUUGCUUCUUUACCCUUACCCGAAGCUACUCACCUGCAGGUGACCGGGAUGUAGCUGUUUGCCUGGCCCAGGCAGGUGUCCAUUUCUUCCUUGUUGUCCCCCACGGUCUCUCUAAGCAAGGCUGUUCCUGUUGCCUUUCUGCUGAGCUCGGUACUGCUAACGGGGAAGCAACUUGAGCAUUAAGAGUGCCUAGGAAAUUAGCAAUUGAUUUUCCUCCCUGCCAGUGUCUCCCUCAUCCCCCACCCUGUCACCAAAAUGACAUCGCUGUACUUGUGCUGCCAGGAGGUUUCCUCGUGCACACGUGCGUGCAUGGACCCACUCAGCCAAGUGUGGAUCCACAGCGAAGAGCCUUUGAGUCGAAACAAAGCCACCUUUGCCGCCAACUGACCUUGAAUCCUGUCUUAGUGUCGACUGUGACGUAACAAAAUGCCACAAACUGGGAAGGUUCAAAAAGAAGUUGGUUUGGAAGUGUUAGUCUCCCUUUUGUCAGCACUCCUUAGUGUUGUAGGAGGGAAGCCUGUGAGGGGCGUGCCUGACAGGUAUAAACACCCACUUUUCCUAUAGGUCUGCCCCAUCGCCCCAUCCAUAGAGACAGUUCUAGAAGUUCUUCAUCCCGCCUCAGCCUCAAGAGACCUUGCCCAGGAUGGUGAGGGCAGAGAAAAUGAGUACCUGCCUAUUCGAAGUCAUCCCAGGCCAGCAUCCUUCCUAUGUUGGGCCUGUUCAACCCACUGAUCCCUCUCAGAAGUGAAACUGACAGAUACAGUUCCCAGGCCCUGAACAGAAGGGGCACGAUGACAAUAGAGCCAUAGCAGCUGACAGCAGUGGCCUGUGGGAGCCUAGAAACCAAGCAGCAAGAAGAGACUUGGCCGGAUACAGAGCUGGCGGAAGCACCUGUCCCCAAUCUGAAGUCCCCUCCUGUGACCCCGGACCACACUAGCCACUUCUCUAAGGCUUGGAUACGCAGAUAGAGAUUGAUGGCAUUGAUUUGAAAUAGCUGUUUCCCAGCCUUUUAAAUACAAGUAGGGCUGCUUUAAAGAUCCUUCCCAGAAUCCCCUUCUGUGGGACUCGGGUGCCUAUGAGAGUACAGUAGCCUCCCUAGGAGAGGCCCCAGCCUCUGUGCUUGCCCAGGUAACAGAUGGCCUGAUAAUUUGAUGCAAUUAAAAGGAGCAGGUUGCUGGAAUUUAAUUAAGAAACAAAAACACUUUGAGGGCACUUGCUUUCAGACAGGGAACGGAGGACCAAGCAAGCCUUAUCACCAAGGUGCACGCCUAGCAAGACCCAGGGGAAGCACGGAUGUCGAAUGGGGCCCGUAGGGCCGUGUGCAGUGGCCAUAAGGGUGUGCUGAGCCUUCCAGAGAGCUUGAACCUGCACCGAGACCCACAGCGCCCCAGCAAGCCGGGAGAGCUACCCAUGUUCAGCCAGUCGGAGCUGAGGACUAUCGAGCAGUCCCUGCUGGCCACACGGGUGGGCAGCAUCGCCGAGCUCAGUGAUCUUGUGUCCCGGGCGAUGCACCAUCUACAGCCCCUCAAUGUGAAACACCAUGGCAAUGGUACUCCCCUGCACCACAAGCAGGGGGCGCUCUACUGGGAGCCGGAGGCCCUGUACACGCUCUGCUACUUCAUGCACUGCCCGCAAAUGGAGUGGGAAAAUCCCAACGUGGAACCUUCCAAGGUCAACCUCCAGGUGGAAAGGCCCUUCCUCGUGCUGCCCCCUCUGAUGGAGUGGAUCCGAGUGGCCGUGGCGCACGCUGGCCACCGCCGCAGCUUUUCUAUGGACAGCGACGAUGUCCGCCAAGCCGCCAGGCUUCUGUUGCCUGGAGUGGACUGCGAGCCGCGCCAGCUCAAGGCGGACGACUGCUUUUGCGCUUCUCGGAAGCUGGACGCAGUGGCCAUCGAAGCCAAGUUCAAGCAGGACUUGGGCUUCCGGAUGCUGAACUGUGGACGGACCGACCUGGUGAAGCAGGCAGUGUCUUUGCUGGGGCCGGAUGGAAUCAACACCAUGAGCGAACAGGGCAUGACCCCCUUGAUGUACGCCUGCGUCCGUGGGGACGAGGCGAUGGUGCAGAUGCUGCUGGAUGCCGGAGCUGACCUGAAUGUGGAGGUUGUCAGUUCUCCUCAUAAAUAUCCAUCCGUCCACCCCGAGACCCGCCAUUGGACGGCUCUGACUUUUGCUGUGUUACAUGGACAUAUUCCUGUAGUUCAGCUCCUCCUGGACGCUGGGGCCAAGGUGGAAGGCUCGGUGGAACAUGGCGAGGAGAACUAUUCAGAAACUCCUCUCCAACUCGCAGCGGCUGUUGGAAAUUUUGAGCUGGUUAGCUUGCUGUUGGAGCGUGGUGCGGAUCCCCUGAUAGGAACCAUGUACAGGAAUGGAAUUUCCACAACCCCCCAGGGUGAUAUGAACUCUUUCAGCCAGGCCGCAGCCCAUGGACACAGGAAUGUGUUCCGCAAACUCCUCGCUCAGCCAGAGAAGGAGAAGAGUGAUAUCCUGUCCCUGGAGGAGAUUCUGGCUGAGGGGACUGACCUGGCAGAAACAGCCCCGCCCCCCUUGUGUGCCAGCCGCAACAGCAAGGCCAAACUGAGGGCCCUGAGGGAGGCCAUGUAUCACAGCGCUGAGCACGGCUACGUGGAUGUCACAAUUGAUAUCAGGAGUAUAGGUGUCCCCUGGACUCUGCACACGUGGCUGGAGUCACUCCGGAUUGCUUUCCAGCAGCACCGCAGGCCCCUCAUCCAGUGUUUGCUCAAGGAGUUCAAGACUAUUCAAGAAGAGGAGUACACAGAGGAGCUCGUCACCCAAGGCCUGCCCCUGAUGUUCGAGAUCUUAAAAGCAAGCAAGAAUGAAGUGAUCAGCCAGCAGCUGUGCGUCAUCUUCACACACUGUUAUGGUCCCUACCCCAUUCCCAAGCUCACAGAGAUCAAGAGGAAGCAGACGUCACGCCUGGACCCUCAUUUUCUGAACAAUAAAGAGAUGUCUGACGUGACCUUUCUGGUAGAGGGGAGGCCUUUCUACGCUCACAAAGUGCUGUUGUUUACAGCCUCUCCCAGGUUCAAGGCCCUCCUCUCCAGCAAGCCAACGAACGACAGCACCUGCGUAGAGAUUGGCUACGUGAAGUACCCCAUUUUCCAGCUGGUCAUGCAGUAUCUCUACUACGGUGGCCCAGAGUCACUUCUCAUUAAAAACAAUGAGAUCAUGGAGCUUCUGUCUGCCGCUAAGUUUUUCCAGCUGGAGGCUCUGCAGCGACACUGUGAGAUUAUCUGUGCAAAAAGCGUCAAUACUGACAACUGUGUGGAUAUCUACAGCCAUGCCAAGUUCCUUGGGGUGACGGAGCUCUCAGCAUACUGUGAAGGCUACUUUCUUAAAAAUAUGAUGGUCCUCAUUGAAAAUGAAGCAUUCAAGCAGCUCCUGUAUGACAAAAAUGGCGAAGGGACCGGCCAGGAUGUGCUUCAGGACUUACAGAGGACGUUGGCCAUUAGGAUUCAGUCCAUCCACCUGUCGUCUUCCAAGGGUUCUGUGGUAUGAAACCGCCCCAUGUGGCAACGCUUCCCAGGAGCAAGGUUUCUGGUUCCCUCCCGCAUUGGCACCACAAAAACAUACAAAUUGUUCCUGGUGUCUGUCUGUACUGGGCCAAGGAGCUGCCUCCACUGCCUCAGCUACUCUCAGGUCAGUGAACUUGGCUUCCGUGUGCUCCUGAGUGAAGAACCUUCCACGAGUCUGCAGGUGAGAUUGUAGCAGAGGCCAGAACCCGCAGGCCAACUCACAGCAGCCAAGCCACCUCCAGUGCCCAGGAGCCAUGGACACCUGCUGCCGAGGACCAUGAUCGAACAGAUGGACCAAGGCUUAAAGAUCCCUCUGCUUCCUGGUUGACUGAUGAAAAACUGAAAGUAUGACCUUGAAAAGCAUCACGUCACACACGAAUGACCUUGGAGGCUGUACUUGUUCAUGCAUCAGCCGUGGUGGCUAGUUGUUGAUGCUGUUGCCCGGCAUGAGGAAAUCACAUGACCAGUUUUUAGGGGUGGGAACUUUUUAAAAAUGUUCAUGUAUAGCAAACACAGAGCAGUCUCGUAGUUUCGAAUAUAUUUCUAAAAGCUUAACAGUUCAUUUUCAACCGAAUUGUGUUUAGGGAAUCUGUGUUUGGGGUUCUUUUCAUUUUGUAGACAGUGAGUUGCAGGUCCAUGCCGUGUAAACUUGCAUCCGACAAAUUCCUGCUGAUACUAUACAAGGUCACAUAUUCCUGCCUUAGUGAUUUGAUCAUGGUUCCACAAAAGAGGUGCACUGCCAGUUAUCUCUGAUUAUCUCGAAUCCAGUAGUUGACAAUAACCUGCAUGCUGAUCGUGGUUGUGGGGUGAGACUAGGGCACCCCCACAUAACAGAACAUGCAUUUGCAUGGACCAAACCUGUACAACAUCAUGUCUGUGCUUGGGUUUCUUUUGCCAAAGUAAGAUAUGUUCUCUCGCUUCUGCUAAAAGCCCAUUUGGUGAAACAAACAUAUCUGUUUCUUUUCCUGAUCAUGAAUGGCUCUGGGGAUAGUUUUUGCAGAAACAUGUUCAUUUCUGAUACCGAAGGGGGGGUGGGGGAGCACGUCAGAGAAUCUACUAUUAAUCUCAGAGCUUUAUCUGUAUUCUCAGAAGAUGUUCAUAGUUUGUUACUAGCCAAAGAGUAUGACUAUGUUAGAUUAUUUUUAAAGAGGAAAAGUGUAAGAUAGGUCUGACACUUUCUGGAUCCUGAGAGUGUGCAGUCUACAAUUAUCUAUGAUGAAAGUUUAUAUUGACAGGGUUAUGUUUACUCUGCCAUAUAAUAUAUAUACAUAUAUGUAUAUAUAUGCAAAACAUUGGUAAAGUGCCACAAUACUCCAAAUAAUUCUUGAGUUGCGGCCUUUUUUUUUCCUCCUUUUUUAUUUUUAAUCCUAGAUACAUUAAGGUAAAAGCCAGGAGAAUGGCUUUUGUCUUUUGGGAUGGCCAAGUUUCGUUGAUAAACCCAUUUCCUAGCAUGAUUUUUGGGAAGUUGCGCCAAACCCUAGAGUCUAAAGGAACUUGUAUCCUUUGCCUGUUGUCCUACUUCCUCAACACCUGUCAAGGACCCAUGUCAAGUCUUGUUUCACGGGUGUGGUGUGCAAGGUACCCAGCUCGAGUCUGUCUGGGGCGUCAACUCCUUUGUGAUGCAAGUCCCUGGGGCCUCUCUCCUCCAUGUAGUCAUCCAUGAGCCGACCCAGCCCUACCAUCAAGUGAGGAUGUGAACAGCUGCUUGAGGUGACAACCAAGUCACAGACACACAAGGGUGACACACUGUUGCUUGCCUUCAGGGAUACUGCUCUCUAACCUAGCUGGUUCUCUGUGGAUGUCUCACCGUCUCUGGACCUCCAGGUGUUGAUCUGUACAUUGGUAACUCCCGCCUAGACUUCUGUUCAGUUUGGUGUGCUUUCUCUGCCAUUAAAAAAAAAAAUUAUUUCCCACA